GUGUUGUCAACACACAUAGAGGGAAACACGGGCAAAGAGAGAGUCGAGAGGAGCUGAAGUCAGUGCAUCUGCUCCUGAACUCCUCUGUCCCAUAAUCAUGGCUCUGUCAGGAUCUCAAUCACCGGAUGAUGCUUUGCACGGCUCUUGGGUGGAGCUGGAGGGUCUGGUGGCUUCUGCAGGUCAAACAGAAGCACAGGACACCACAGCCUCCUUCCUGCAGGGGGAGCUGGAGAGGGUUCUGCUGGAAGCUCAGCUGGAGUGUGAGAGGAGUAGUCAAACAGAAAGUCCUCCGCAGGUCGUGACCCCGAGAACAUCUGGAUCUCCCAAACCAGCCAGUGAGGGCAGCAGCAGCACAGAUUGUGUGACUAUACAGUCGGAUGAGAAUGACAGGCGAGUGAGUGCUGAAUGGGUGUGGGAUUGGUCCAGUCGGCCAGAAAACCUCCCGCCCAAGGAGUUUGUGUUUCAUCACCCGAAGCAGUCUGGCUCUCUGAGCGUGAGGAAGACUGAGGUGAUGAAGAGGGGUUUGUUUUCUUCAGAUGUGCUCCUCAUCCUCCUGCCCUCUCUGCUCGCCUCACACGCUCUGACGCUGGGUCUGGGAAUAUACAUAGGGAAACGGCUGGCAUCCUCCUCCACCAGCACACUGUGACAUGUGACAUUUGGCAGCUCACCGAUUGGCUGAGGCCGCUGCCAUUAGCACUGCUGCCCAAUCACGCUUCUCUUCUCCUCCUGUGAUGGGCAACAGCCUCUUCUGCCUCUGUCUGUGUUUGUCCUGUUUCACCACAAGACUCUCUUUCUCUGUCUCCAUGUAUUUAAAGGGGUUAUAGCUAUCAUGAGGAAUCAAAUUGUCCUUGAUAUUUUUAGAUAAAAGAGCCUGAUGUUCCAUGAAAGUAUACGUUUCAGAAUGAUAUACAUUUCAGAACUCAAAAAUUUCUUACCAAAAGGAGUAUUUAUUGAAAAUAAGCUAUAACGUCUUAUUCUGAACUCCUCUGAAGACGUAAAUUUAAGAUGUAUGUAUUUGAAUUGCACAUAAAGUUAUCAUUCAUUUGCAUUAGUUUUUAACUUAAUGUGAUGUGUAUUUUUCAGUCAAACAUGAAUUGAAACCAGCAAGAUUUCUAUAAUUGUACUAAACUGAAUGUGUUAAAUACACAAUAACCAGUUUUAUAUAUUUAUCAUCAAUAAAUCCGU